UAAAAGCAACAUGGCGCCUUAGCGUCCGAGGUCCGUCUGUAUUUCAGCAACAUUUCCCUGUUUCUCAGCUGUGACAUUAAUAAAACAUUCGGAAUGUUUAUCUGUUCGUUUCCGGACUGCAACAAGUCGUACGAUAAAGAGUGGAAGCUUCAGGCUCAUCUGUGUAAACACACCGGAGUGAGGCCGUUCAAGUGCGAGUUCGCUGGAUGCAGCAAAUCAUUCUGCACUAAAUCUCAUCUCGCUCGUCAUGAGUUCACUCACACCGGAGAGAAACCAUUCAGCUGCAGUCAGGACGGAUGCACACAAAGUUUCACCACAAACUUUAACUUGAAGAAACAUAUUUCACGCAAGCACACACAGGAAGCCAAGCUGUACACUUGUUCGUUUGAAGGAUGUGACAAAAGCUUCAAGAAGAACAAUCUGCUGAAAACACAUGAAAGCACACACACACUCCUGCUCCCGUACCAAUGUACGUACGAAGGCUGUGACCGACGCUUCCCGAAUCCCAGCAAGAGAAAACGUCAUGAGAAAGUGCACAAGGGUUACACGUGUCCAGCUGAAGGCUGCUCGUUCCUGGCGAAGAACUGGACUGAACUCACGAAGCACAGGAAAGAGCAUAAAGUGAGGGUGCAGUGUGACGAGUGUAAGAAGACAUUCAGGGAUCGGUGGUUCCUGAAGCAGCACCAGCGCGUACACUCGGAGUCUCGGGUGGUGUUUGUGUGUCCGAGAGACGGAUGCGAGCGUUCGUACUCCACCGCCUUCAACCUGCAGAGCCACAUCCUGUCCUUCCACCAGCAGGAGCGAGCCUUCAGCUGCACUCAGCCCGGCUGCACGAAAACCUUCUCCAUGAAACAAAGUUUACAGCGUCACUCAGUGGUUCAUGACCCCGAGAGAAAGAAACAGACGAAACCCCGUCCAACACGUUCCCUCGCGUCUCGUCUGAGUGGCUACAAAGUGCCAAAAAAAUGCACAUCAGAAACCUCGGACCUCGGCGGAUCUCCUAACGCCGUGACCAGCCAAUCAGAGACCUCUAAAUCAGACUUCAUUCAGGCAGCGAUCUCAGCAGGACCCGUUAACGAUGAACUAACAAAUCCGGUCGUUUCCGAUGUUUGUGAAGCGGUCAGAUCGGAGCCGGUGACGUCCGAGAGUCCUGUUCUGCUCAUUUUACAGCCUCUUCUGUUGGACUGAUCGAUCGACUGAUAGUCAGAAAUCACUGAAUUUCAUUCUGUAGAAACCAGCCAAUGUCAUCAUAUAGUAAAGACCACACCAGCCAAUCAGAACUCUCAGAAUUCAUAAAAAAGUCUCUGGCCUAUCAGAAUUCAGCCAAUCCCUCGAUACGGUCAUGAGCAGCCAAUGAGAAUCCAUCAGAUCAGUAGCUGUGUUCCUGUUCAUGUUUGUGACGUCUGAUGGUCUGAUAACUGACCAGUCAGAUCUCGCUGUAUAUCGUCCAAUCAGAUUCCAAUAAAGUAAAAAAAAAAAACAGUAAAUCUUAACUAUUUUUUUUUUUUAAGAAAAUCACAGCCACA